AUGUGCCAUCCCAGCUGCAACGAUCUGUACUCCUCUCGCCGGAUCUGGAUCGAGGUCGACUCGCAGAUCCUCAAUGCGCUUUUUUGCGUCACGGGGUUCGGGCUUGCGCCCUGGCGGAUUCGAGAUCUCUACUUGUGGUACCGUUGGCGACUAGGUCUGGGGGCAGGAACCCGGCGGAAGUGGUUCGAUCGUCUGGCGGCGAUUCACGCAAAUUGGUUCUACCAGGGUCCCGAGCCAAAUGGGAAUUCUCUACUUACUACAACUCAGUAUAACCCCUCUAAAGGACGAAGUCCUACGCCUACGCCGAGGUGGAAACUACAUGUGGUUAUCUGGGGCAAUAUCCUGAAUACUGUCUUUCAGAUCUGCCUUGCUGCCUGUAUGUGGGCGAUGAAUCGAUUUAACCGGCCAAGUUGGACUACCGGACUAUUCGUCGGUUGUGCUUGUGUGGCGGCUGGAGUCCCUGGGAUUCUGAUGUGGUUGGAGAAGAAACGCAUCAAGAGAGCCACGGAGCAUCCGGGGGCUCUAUUGUUGAUACCGCGUUCCACACAAUAUAGUCUACUGGCUGGCAAAUCUAGCACGGUGGGAUCAGGAAACGACACCGCAGAAGCAGGAUAA